UAAUCUACUUCCUCUUCAUAGACUCGCGGAUUAACCUUAGAGGUGACAAGAUGCCAUUAAUCUCCUAAACUCGUGGCAAGGAGAAGAUGAUCUGCAGCAUCCUGCUGCUCAUCAGCCUGACCUCCUGUGUCUGUGGAACAUUUGUAGUGAAUGUGACACAGACCUCCUAUCAGGCAGAGGAGAACGAGAACAUCACACUGGAGUGGACCUUCACAACCAAAACUGACAGGCCUCCCGUCCCCCUUUUUAUUUGCUGUCAGCUGUUAACUGAUCGUACGGAUUCAGUGAUGUAUCUUCUGCGUGAAGGUGUUGAGGUCCCAGAGUCUCAGGAUGAACAGUUUGCAGGACGAGUCCAGUGUGACAAAGACGUCCUCAGAGAAGGACGAAUCAGACUUCAUGUGUCCAGACUCAGGACUGAGGACUCGGGCCUGUACCUGUGUGAAGUACUCACAAAUUACGGCGGCAACUAUAAUGAAUGCAGACUCAUUGUUACUGGUAGGUUGACUCAAUAG